AUGCUACUAAAAACAAGACACAGAUCAUCACUAUAAACAUCUCAUGAUUCAUUUCUCUCAGAAUUAGAAGUUGAUAGAAUUAUUAGCUCUUGCAAUAUAACUUUAGCAAAAGUGACUUCAGAACAUGAUGAAAUCAAAGUUUAAAUUUAGGAUUAUAAAGGAUCGAUUGAUUAUUUAUAAAAAUCAAAUAUUUAGUAAGAGAAAUAAUUAAAAGUACUUAAAUCAAAUUUAGAUGAUAAAGAAUAUGUUUAAAAUAUAUAAAAUGAUGUUCUUAAAAAAAUAAGUGGGAUUAAAAAUAAUAUUGAUAAUCUUGAGAACUAUUUGGAAGAAAUUUAAAAAAUCACAAAACAAAUAGAAUCAUCUCCAAUAAUGUGGAAAUGUAUAAGAUGUGGAUUUGCAUAAAAAGAAGGUUAAAAUGAAGCUAGUUGUACUUACCAUCCUGGAAAAUUAAAAUAUUUUUCUUGUAGAUUAUGUGGACAAGAUGAAUAUUUCACCUGUUGUAAUAGAUGUAGAGAUUGCCUGUAUGGAUGUACUAAAGGUUUACAUAAACCUUGA